UAUCAGGAAAUUUUAAUUUGAAAGUGAACUAAUCCUUCAACUAUGACUUUUGCCUCAAUAAACUCCCAAUUUCUGCUUAUUGUUAAGGUAGUUGUUAAGUUUAGGUAUUAAGGGAUGUCAUUCACUGACAUUACUCAAAUCCAUUAUUUAAAGCUGAUCAUCAGGUAUUUUGGAGGAGAAAACAUUUACUGUGUGUGUCUGAAUGUGUCAAGUGUGUGUAGGACUUCACAAAGUUUCCUUGUUGAACCCACCCCUUUCUGAACAGACAUAAAAGGAACGCAAACACUGUGGUUUCAUUCGGUUCCUGACACAAGAUGGAUCUGCGAGUCUCUGUUGUUCUUCUUUUCUUUUUUUUCACUGGAGGAUAUUCUCUCAAGUGUUACUCGUGCUCAUCUGAUUCGAUGGGUUCCUGUGAUACAACAGAGACAUGUAAAGAUGGAUCUUCUAAAUGUGAAAGCAGAAUAUUUGAACAAACAGAUGGUUCAUCUAAGGUGUCCGUCACAACUAAAGGGUGUGUAGAGAAAUGUGAUGCAAGGACCCGAAAUCUGCCAACUGGAGGGACAGUGUCUGUCCACUGCUGUGACACUGACCUCUGCAAUGCAGCAGAUGGAGUGUUUAAGGGAAGCUUCCUCCUGCUCUUCUCUCCUCUGCUCUUCUACUUCCUGUUUCAGUGAGUCCAGAUUCAAGACUUCAGAUUCUACAGUGAAGAUCAGCGAAUAUGAGACACAUUCUGAUGCAUUACUAUAGUUCACUGAAUAAAAGUUUUGUUGCUCUGCU